AUGAGUCUGUGCACCCAUAUCAUUAAGAAGCUGAAGUUAGCGGUGCCAAGCUGUGACUCUCGGAGGACUGUAAGGUGUUCGGAGAAAACAGGGCCAAACAGGCAACACGCUCGUCAUUCUCCUCCCAAGACCACAUCAGUGACUCUGAAUGCAGAGAACAGACUUCAUUUCCCCUCCUUUGGGAGUGAUUCAGCCUGUGGAACAUGCGCUCCCGACUACAAGAAAUGUAACACUAUGUUUAGAGCAACGAUUGUCAUCGUAUUGGUUCCACAUGCCAACAGGCACUUCAGGCAUAGUUCAGACUUGAAUCUUCUUCACGCCGUGUGGUGCAUCUGCACAACUCAAAGAAUGAGUAUAGGUGCCUGUAGAAGUCAAGACCUCCGAGCUAACGUGGAUUGGCCCCUGAAAAUGCACUGCCAAGAUUGCGCCCUGGUGACAAGCUCGGGACAUCUGCUGCGCAGCCGGCUCGGCGCCCGGAUUGACCAGACAGAGUGUGUCAUCCGCAUGAAUGACGCCCCCACACGCGGCUUCGGGCGCGACGUGGGCAAUCGCACCAGCCUGAGGGUCAUCGCGCAUUCCAGCAUCCAGAGGAUCCUGCGAAACCGCCACGACUUGCUUAACGUGAGCCAGGGCACCGUGUUUAUCUUCUGGGGUCCCAGCAGCUACAUGCGGCGGGAUGGCAAGGGCCAGGUGUACAACAACCUGCAGCUCCUGAGCCAGGUGCUGCCCCGGCUCAAGGCCUUCAUGAUCGCACGCCACCAGAUGCUGCAGUUUGAUGAGCUCUUCAAGCAGGAGACUGGCAAAGACAGGAAGAUCUCCAACACUUGGCUCAGCACUGGCUGGUUCACGAUGACAAUUGCACUGGAGCUCUGUGACAGGAUCAAUGUUUAUGGAAUGGUGCCCCCAGACUUCUGCAGGGAUCCCAAUCACCCUUCAGUACCUUAUCAUUAUUACGAACCUCUUGGACCCGAUGAAUGUACCAUGUACCUUUCACAUGAGCGUGGACGGAAGGGCAGUCAUCACCGCUUCAUCACAGAGAAACGAGUCUUUAAGAACUGGGCACGGACAUUCAAUAUUCACUUUUUCCAACCUGACUGGAAACCAGAAUCGCUAGCUAUAAAUCACCCUGAGACUAAACCUGUGUUCUGAGGAAUGAACAAGCCAGUCUCAAGUACCCAGCGUCUCAACUACCAGAGGCAUUGAUGCUGCCAACGCUAAAAACAUUUUAGAUAUCUUUAAAUAUUGCCUUCGACAGAAACAUGAGCAGCUCAACCAUCUUAGUUGCAGUCCUUUAUAGAAAUACCACUUCAAAAAACUUUUUUUUCUAAGAAGCUAUGUCCUAAACUGAUCUACAGUCUUUGUCAUCUGUUGGAGUCUGUAUGUGUAAUUUCUCAAAAGCUGCCUAAAAAGCGUGGACAUGAUUUCUGAAGAGCACAUCUCCACUGACUUUCAUAAAGCAAAUGUUCGAUAUUUUAUUUAUUGAAAGUUUUUUAGUGCACUGUAGGCCAGUAUUUUUAUAGAUUAUGAUUAUGUGGUAAUGUACGCUUUCUAAUCUUUUAAUCCCGAAUGAUGGUGGGGAAGGCCUGGCAUUGGGGCGAUGACUUGCUGUGUGCAUAAUGCUUGUUGUAGCAUGUCAUUGGCAUUUUGUUCGCAAGUGUUGUGCUGCAUUUUUGAACCCCAUUGACUUCGGGAUUUUCUCUUUCAUAGCAAGAGCAGGUAGGACGUUUUCCAAUGUGCAGAAGUGCUUUCAAAAUGACAAAAUUGAAAAGAAAAAAGUAAUUAUUUUUUAAUGCCAACAAGAGAAGUUGAAGGAAAGUUGGGGGUUUUUUUAACAGUGAAAAUUGAUGUCAAUCACUUCACUUUCUUAGGCCCUAAUUUCUUCUUGUGCAGAAUGAUGUCAAUAUACCACAUGACAAUGUAAAAUUCUAUGAGCCUCUUAUUGAUCUAUUGAGAACCUUGCACUUGAAUGAAGGACUCCAACAUUAGCAGGCCAUUAUUCUUGGAACC